AUGGAAGCUUCAAAACCUAGAAAUCGUGACACUAAGUGUUGGCGAUGUCAAAGAGUUGGACACAUUACAAAUCAAUGUCCAAAUCAAAGAGCUAUGCUCGUAUUGCCAAAUGGAGACAUCAUCAUUGACGAUGAGGAGGAAGAGUACAAUGACAUGCCUUCAUUGGUUGAGGAUGAUAAUGAGAUUGAGGAGAUCCCAACCAGUGAUAAAAGAAUUGAACAUCAAUUUGAUUUCAUUCCUAGAGCUUCAUUGCCAAAUAAGGCGUCAUAUAGGACUAAUCCUGAGGAAACCAAGGAACAACAAAAGCAAGUAGAGGAGCUACUUGGCAAAGGAUGGAUUCAUGAGAGUUUAAGUCCUUGUGCAGUACCUGUCCAACUAAUGCCUAAGAAAGAUGGAGGAUGGAGGAUGUGCACUGAUUGUAGAGCAAUUAAAGCCAUAACGUGUGAUGCUUUUGGUAUAGGCAUUGGGGCUGUUCUACUCCAAGAAGGUCGUCCAGUUGCUUAUUUUAGUGAAAAGCUGAAUGGAGCUUCAUUGAACUAUUCAAUCUAUGACAAAGAGUUGAUGGCUUUAAUUCGAGCUCUGCAAACAUGGCAACACUACCUGCGACCUCAAGAGUUCAUUUUGCAUACUGAUCAUGAGUCGCUCGAACACAUCAAAUCCCAAACUAAGUUGAGUAAGCGACAUGCGAGGCUUUGUGUGACAAUUGGUGCUCGUGCAAAAGCUUUCAAGUACAAAUAUUUCCCAUCAAAUCCAGAGGCCAUUGAAGGUGGGAUUAUAGAUGACCUUUUGCAUUUGAAGAAUCUUUGUGUUAAACUAAAUGCUGGCAUUGACGAACAAAAUGUGAAAGCCAAGGGAAAAUCAAAAUCUUCUGGUUCUUAUCUUGCUGGUGUUUCAGCCAGCAGAGAGAUGGUUUAG